AUGGCCUUUCUGACCCGCUACCCACCUGAAAAAACCACCUUCUCUCAUCUUGUCAACGAUCUCCUCGCAAUUCUCGACGCUCUUUCUCUUUCUAAGGUGUUUCUUAUUGGAAAAUUUUUUGGAGGUCCUCCAGCAUAUCUGUUUUCCAUUCUACUCCCAGAAAGAGUGUUAGGAGUCAUCACACUGGGAGUUCCAUAUGUUCCACCAGGUCCUCCUAUGCUUCAUAAAUACCUCCCAGAAGGCUUAUACAUUUUGAGAUGGAAGAACCAGGAAGAGCAUAGGCUGAUUUUGGACGGUUUGAUGAAAAAACUGUUGUGCGAAAAGUUUACAUCCUUUUCUCGAGAAGUUCCGUAUAAGACAGUUGGUGAUGACUUGAGCUUGCCAGAUCCUGUAGUCAAAGUUCCAACACUGGUGAUAAUUGGUGGAAAAGAUAAUGUUUUCAAGUUUCCAGGGAUGGAGGAUUUAAUAAAAAAGGGAACCCAUUUUGUUCAAGAACAAUUUCCUCCACAGGUGAAUCAGCUUAUCCUUGCCUUCUUAGCCAAACACAUUUGA